AUGCAGUCAGCAUUCUCAAUCCUGAAGGCUUUCGUUGUCCUCGCCGGCGUCGGUGCGGCCCUGCCUGGUCCCUGGAGCGUCCCCCCAGAGCACCUGGAGAUUCUAGCUCUCAGACGGGCCACCCCUCUGAACCCCGAUGCCGUGGCUGACGUGCGUUGCUGGAAUACUGAGGAGAAGAUCAUCUUCCACGAGGAGAACGCAGCACAGCUCGCCAUCUGCGACGGCAUAUCGGGCUCCACAUCUCAGUGCGGCGGGUCGCCAGCGACGACCGUCGGCAGCAGGGGCACGGCCAAGUUCACCCUGACAGCGGUCAAGGAGGGUGCCAAGAUCAACAUCUCCAAGGUCCGAUGGGAGGAGUGCGUCCACGCCGCUCGCGCCGUAUGCCCUACGGGAAGCCUCUCGGCGACGUGCCGCGGCGGGGCGACCGUCGGAGAUGUCGCCUUCGUGCUGGAGAACCCGGGGAUGGAGAACAAGCGCUGA